CAUGAUUUUAGGGUCCAGAGGAAGAAGAGCAGUGCCUUGUGCAACGCGGAUGUAGAAUCAGACUUUAUUUACUUUAUCAUAUUCUAUCAUUUAAAGCACAUCUAAUCCUAUAAACUACAACGCCGCCUAAGUAUAACUAGCAUAACCUCAGUCAAUCAUGUCAGUCGGAGGAGUCUCUCCUAUUCCUGGGAGAUGUGGAUUCUUCGUGGAGAGGAAAAGACGGUUUUGUAAAAUGAUCGUUAGGACUGGAAACUCUUAUUGUGGAGAGCAUGCUGACGUGGAGAAUGGAAACUCUAGGCGAAGGAUACCCUGCCCGCUGGAUCCAAAACACACAGUAUUUGAGGAGCAACUAUCGAAACAUCUACAAAAGUGCAACUCCAGGGAAAAACCCAAACCUGUAUAUUAUGAACAAAACAUCAACGCUGGGUCCGGGGACGAAGAGACGUCAGAGGACCAGGUACUGGCUUUGGGACAUCGCAGCAAAGCAGCGCUAGACUCACACCUGGAGAAGCUAAAGGCAGCCGCUAAAGCUUUUGGGGAGAAGCUGGAGGACAGCAUUUUGUCCCAUCCUGUUCUGACAGAACAACUUCACGAUCCAAACAACGGCGACUCUGCAUUGAAACACUUGAAGCAACAGGCAUCCAUAUUAGGAAACAUGGAGGAGAUUGGAUUGCUGGGAUCCAACAGAUGUUUUGUUGAGUUUGGAGCUGGGAAGGGCAAACUAUCUCACUGGAUCCGUGAAGCCGUGAAGGGACACAACGACCAUCACUUCCUCCUGGUGGAGAGAUCCAGCACACGCUUCAAGGUGGAUGGAAAACACCAACAAGCUGAUGGUAGAUUUGAGCGUCUGCAGGUGGACAUCCAGCAUUUGGAUCUAGGUCGAGUCCCCCUCCUCAUGGAGACUAGGGUCCGUCUGGUCGGAGUUGGGAAGCACCUGUGUGGUUCUGCAACCGACCUCGCCCUCCGCUGUUUGUUUGAGGGCGUUGCCUCGGAAACCGCACCGCCCUGUAAACGCAGCCGAUACCAGGAAGAGCCAGCACCACCCAGCCACCACCCAGCACCACCCAGCCCCCGGCCAGCACCACCCAGCCCCCACCCAGCACCACCCAGCAGGGCGGAUGUGUGUGGAGUGGCCAUCGCCUUGUGCUGCCACCACCGCUGUGCCUGGAGGCCCUACGUGGGGAAGCAGUUCUUCAGAGAGAACGGUUUGGGGGCGUCCGAGUUCGCAGCUUUCCGGCGGAUGUCGAGUUGGGCGACAUGCAACGGUUGUCCUGACGACCAAAGCAGAGAUCAUGAUGGAGACGUUGAACCAUCAGACAAAGACAUCUUGAAUGGGGUGCUGUCUGCAGAGGAGCGGGGUCGUGUCGGUCGUCUCUGCAAGAGGCUCAUUGACCAUGGCCGAGUCUGUUACCUGCAGAGCAAAGGCUUCAUGACCAAACUCCAAUACUACACAACACCACAGACCACGCUGGAGAAUGUCCUGCUGACCGCCGUGCCCCCUCAGCCCGCUGACGACGAGGAGAGUACCAGGGGAGCCUCCAGAGAAUGACAUCUCUAGUGGAGCCUUACUUUGUACAUUACCAACGGUUCCUGUGUCAGUGUUGAGAUGACAACAUUCAUUUUACCUUUGAGCUAUUUGAGAUGAGCUUUUUUUUUUUUUAACAAACCGUUUUAUAAACAUUUUUCGUUGAUUUGGAGUCUGGUAUAAACGAUUUCUUUGUAACUUUUUGACAAAAGCAAUUCAGCAAAGGAGAAGGUUGAUAAUCUUCUUGCUAUGGUAUUCCUUUUAGCUUUCAGUUUGAUACCAUAAUAAUAUAACAUUUUAAUAGAGAACUUAUUUUAUUAUUCAUAUUCAUUUUACUUUUUAAUAUUAUUAGAACAUCAAAGCUAUCCGUAAACUACUGACGUAAACCGGAGCACGAAUACGUCUUAAGUGAAGGUAACAUUGGGAUACUGGCUUUAGAGUCACGUUGACAUCAUGUCUCUCCUGCGGGCUUCCUGGAUGUACAUGUGCAUGAAAUCAAGCCCAAACAUCUCUCUGUCUUCGUCUUCUCCCUCCUCUUGCUGGGUCUUGUUAAAGAGCACCACAUCCAAUGUGAGGGGAUUGUCCCGAAAGUUCACAAAUCUGUAACAAGAAGCGUGUAUUACAUUCUCUAUUAAAACCAUUGUAUUUUGAUAAAA